AUGGAUAACAAUCAAUUUGAUGGGAAUUUCAAAAAGAUUAUUAUGAAUCGAUUUACGCAAGCGUCUAGCACGGUCAUGGAUGUCGACAAUAUGGAUUAUAAUAGCGAACUCCAUCAGAUGGAAAGAGAGAUUGAUCAUUAUAAGUCAAAAUUGCGCGACUGCCGCGACAAAUAUGAAAAUAUGGAGACAGAAAUUUCCGACGUGAGACGAUUACAAAGCAAAUCGUUAUUCGUGUUAAAUAAUGUACAAUCGAUGGAAGAGGAUCUUCAAGAGAGUUUCAAAAAUAUACAUUUAAAUUACGAAGCGUGUGCGGAAAAAUGUGGUGGUUAUGAAGAUCUGAACGAGACGAUUAACGCAAAGAUAAACGAGUUGAAGAUACAGAGAAACGCACUGAUAGAAGAAUUGGCGCAAUUAAAGAAAAAUGCCGACGACAAUAAUAAAAAGCUUAUCCGCGUAAAGGCUAUGAUAACUGAACAAGAAGAAAAAAACGCGAUAUUGCUUCAAGAUUUAAAAGAAAAAUCUGAGAAUGUCGUAUCCAUUUCACCGAACAUAAAAAAGCGAAUAAAUAUUGUUCUGGAAAAUACAUCAGAAAACAAAUUAAAACGACGAUGCAUUGAUGAGUUAAUAAAAAAAUAA